AUGAUAUCAAUUUUUUGGGGAAACGACACCUGGCCUGGAAAUUCACCUGACCUGAAUGUAGCUGAACAUAUUGGAACAGUAAUUAAAAACGAAGUGGAACAAAAAAUGUUAUCAGAAAUUGAACAAAAUCGUUAUAAAGAAGAAACAUUGAAAAAACACCUAUUAUCUGAUCACCUCAUUCAACAAUCAUCUGAUCAUCAAAGUGAACCGAGUCAGCAAAAUCAACAAAAACUCAAUCCUUUAUUGUUGGAACACUCGCUUGCCUGUGAAAUAUAUAUAUAUCUACAACAUUAG